UUUUUUUGCAACUCCACUUUUUUUCCCAAUUCUAGAUCAAAACACAGCCCUUUUCUCUUUUAUCUCCCCUAUUUCUUCUUUCUUUUUUUUUUUACAUAAAUAUACUUGAAUUCAUUUCGAAUCAACAUGACAUGGCAACCGCAACAACAAGGCCUACGAGAACUUUUAUUCUUGUUAAGAGAUGCUACUGAUGUCAGUAAUCCAGAUCAACAACUCAUUUAUAAAAGAUUAUCGUUAUUUAAUGAAUAUCCCGACUAUAAUUCGUAUUUAGUUUACAUAUUGACAAAAUUAACAAAUGAAGAUACAAAUAUAAGAAGAAUAGCAGGCUUACAACUAAAAAAUAAUAUCAAAACAAAUUUUAAUACUUUCCCUUUACCUGUAUUAAAUUAUAUCAAACAAUGUUGUAUCCAUAUUUUUGAUGAAAAUCAACCAACAAGUAUUCGUAAAACGAUUUCAAUUAUAAUUGUAUCUAUUAUCUGCAGUGGACAAGUUCACAAUUGGCUUGACAUGGUUUUACUCUUGAUAGAAAAACUGGACGAUCCAAAUCAAAUUAUAUCAAAAACUGCUUUAGAUACAUGUGUCAUGAUUUGUGAAGAUACAGCAUCUGAACUUGAUCAAGAAAUAAAUGGAAUUUGUCCUUCAAGUAUGAUCAUUCCUAAACUGGUUCAAUUUUAUUCACAUCCUGAUUCAGCUUUUCGAGUUCAAGCUAUAUAUGCUACAAGUCAAUUUGUAUUUUUAAAAUCUCCAUUCUUCAUAGUUCAACUUGAUUCUAUUCUUUCGACAUUAUAUUCACAAAUAACUAGAGAAGAGAAAAUAGAUGCUCGCGUUCAGCGUGAAUUUAUUAAUAUUUUAUCAAUGCUUUUAGAAGCAUUUCCUGAAAGACUUGAACCGUAUCUUCAUCAAACAAUUGAAUAUAUAGUAAAUGCAACUAUACCAUUAAAUAGAAUAACAGACGUAGGAAUCAAAGAACAAAUAUUAAUUAGUACAUGUAAUUUCUGGAUACAAUAUGCUCAAAGUGAAUAUUAUGUUUAUCAAACAAAGAUAAUUUUUAUAAAGCCUUACUUACCUCAUCUUGUUAAGAAUUUAAUUCAAUUCAUGAUAUACUCAGAAUCAGAUUUAUUAGACUUGGAUACAGAUAGACAUAAGCCCUCUUUCAAUCCUAUUCAAUGUCCAACGACUUGCAUAAAUACAAUACAUGAACAUGAUCAAUCUGUUCAACCUCGUUAUUAUCGUCCAAAGAAAAUAGACACAGAACAAGAUUAUCAUGAUAAACUAAUAAACGACUUUAAUGAAGACUCUUCUGAAGAUGAAGGAGAAGGUCAAGAAAAUUGCAGUAAUACUCAGAGCACAAAUGAUGAUGAUGAUAGUCUUUCUAGUGGUGGUGAUAAUAACGUUGAAGACGACGAGUUUUAUUCUGAAGAUACCUUGAGAAAAUGUAGUGCCGCAGCUUUAGAUGUAUUGUCUGUAUCCUUUGGAGAUGAUAUAGCUAUGAUCAUUUUAGAUCAUUUAUUUAAUUCUAUUCUUUUGAAUGAAAAUUGGCUUAUUAGAGAGAGUGGUAUUUUAGCUUUAGGCGCAGCUGCAGAAGGAUGCAUCCAUGUUUUUAGUCAAUAUUUACAUCAUUUAAUUCCAUAUUUGUUAAAAUCAAUGAAAGAUUCAAAGUCACUUAUUCGUGCUAUUUCCUGUUGGGGAACAAGUCGAUUCUCUAAUUGGUUAGUAAAUCAAUAUGAUACCACAACAACCGAAAUGGGUACGACUUUUUUUGAACCCGUGCUCUUUGCACUACUUGAACGGUUAUUAGAUCCAAAUAGACGAGUACAAGAAUCAGCUUGUACUGCCUUCAUCAUAUUUUGUGAAACGGCUUCAUCUAGGAUAAUUCCAUAUAUUUAUCCAAUCUUGACUCAAUUCAAUCAUGCAUUUGGAUUCUAUUGUCGUAAAAACAGACUAAUUUUGUAUGAUGCUCUUGGUACAUUUGCAGACUCAGUUGGCUCAGAACUCAAUCAACCUCAAUUUAUCUCUCUUUUGAUGCCACCUUUAAUUAAUAAAUGGAAUGAAUUAUCCGAUAAUGAUACAGAUCUUUUCCCAUUAUUAGAGUGUUUAUCAAAUAUUACAGCAGUUAUAGGACCCGGAUUUAUACAAUAUGUUGAACCCGUUUUGUCAAGAUGUGUAAAGUUGAUUUCAUCAACGUUACAACAACAAUUACUUGCAGACCGAUAUCCAGAUAAAAUAAUGCCACCUAAUGUUGAUUUUUUGAUUGCAGCACUUGAUUUACUAUCGGGCAUAGUACAAGGCUUAGGAUCUAAGAUAGAACCACUUAUUACUCAAACAACUCCUCCUUUACUUGAUCUUUUGGGAAGAUGUAUUCAUAAUCCUGUACCAGAAGUGCUUCAAUCUACAUUUGCACUCAUAGGUUAUAUUUCAAUCGCUUGUUUUAAUCUGCUUGUUCCAUUUUUAAAUGAUAUUAUGAAUGAAUUACUUCAUGUCCUUUAUAACUGCAAUGAUGGGAUGGUAUCAUCUGUUUCAGUAUAUAAUAAUGCUCUAUGGGCUAUAGGUGAAAUGAUCAUACGCUGGAGGGGUCAAGAGACAGAGCCUUAUAUGACGGAUCUAAUAAAGAUGCUCAUCGUCUAUUUAACACAUCCUGAAGCGCCCUUAUCAAUUCAUAAAAAUGCAAUGAUAGCAUUAGGUCGGUUUGGUCUUGCUUGUCCUCAACUUGUAGCUCCUUAUCUAGCAUCAUUCAUUAAAUCUUGGUUAAAGAUAUCUUUAUCAGUACCAUGGGGAGAAGAAAAGGAUUCAGCUUUCAAAGGUUUAUGUACAAUUAUCAAAUUGAACGUAAAAGACGCUCAAAACGACUUAUACUUAUUGCUAUCUUCUAUUUCCUCUAUAAGAAGUCCCUCACAAGAUUUAUGGAUUGAAUUGAAUGAUGUUGUUAAAGGAUAUUAUAGUAUAACAAGUCAUGAUGAAUGGAAUUAUAUUAUCUCUCAACUUGAUCCCGAUGCGCAGAAGCAAAUAUUAUCUCUUUUAGUUGAAAAGCAUUCAUAGUAGAUUUAUACCAUUUAUCCUCCUACUUGUAUCUUUCUCUUUCUGUACAUAUAAAUAUUAAUUCCUUUGCUUUUAAUAUAUAGUAUGCUAUUAUGUAAUCUACUGCCUCUUCCCUUCCUUUUUUUUUUUUUUCUUGUUGUAGAAC